UUGACCAGAAUUGUGUCAUGAAGCCCACCCUGGAAAUGACAGAAGCUGGAAAGUUAUUUAGCUGCCCCUCCAGCCCCGAAAGUGGAAUUUUGCAAUAACAAAAAGGAAGAAAAUGGAGGUAAGGUGAACCAUGAGCGCUAUCUGCUCCGAUUAGCCUCGAGCCUGAGAAGAUGAUUAGAAUCACACACCUUCUCCCCGUGUGUUUCUCUAAUCUGUCAUCUUAAAGCCAACCUCGCAGGGGCAGGAGCUCUCCGUCCCUGGCACAAAUGUGGGGGUGGGGUGGGGUGGGGUGGGGCUGGUGGGUGGGUUUGCUGUUGGCAGCGCCCAUCACAGGCUGGCCUCCAUUCUUCUCAACCUCUAUGAUGUCACACUGGAACUUCUUUCCUUCCACCCUGGGCUGCGGCUUCCGAGGCUGCUGUGGCCAUGGGGCUCCUGGAGCCUAGUGGCUCUGAUCUCCCCUGGGGGCGCGGGAGGUCCAGCCAUGCCGCUCUUGAAGGACGCCGUGCCCCUCAUGAAGGAGCCCCAUCCGCCGCCUCAGGCCCCUCUUCCGUGGAUCCUCCCGAGCCUGUUUGCCGCCUUCAAUGUAGUGCUGCUGGUGGUUUUCAGUGGCCUCUUCUUCGCGUUCCCUUGCAGAUGGCUGGCCCAGAACGGGGAGUGGGCCUUUCCCCUCGUCACAGGCCUCCUCUGUGUCCUCACCGUCUUCAGUCUGGUUUCACUCAAUUUCUCAGACCCCGGCAUCUUGCAUCAAGGCUCCAACGAACAGGGCCCCAUGGUGGUGCAUGUGGUGUGGGUGAACCACAGGGCCUUCCGCCUGCAGUGGUGCCAGAAGUGCUGCUUCCACCGGCCGCCCCGGACCUACCACUGUCCCCGGUGCAACAUCUGUGUAGAAGACUUUGACCACCAUUGCAAAUGGGUCAAUAACUGCAUUGGUCACCGCAACUUCCGCUUCUUCAUGCUGCUGGUCCUGUCCUUAUGUCUCUACUCGGGUGCCAUGCUGGUGACCUGCCUGAUCUUCCUGGUGCGCACGACCCACCUGCCCUUCUCCAUGGACAAAGCCAUCGCCAUUCUGGUGGCUGUACCCGCCGCCGGCUUCCUGGUGCCGCUCUUCCUGCUGCUGCUGGUCCAGGCCAUGUCGGUGAGCGCGGCCGAGCGCUCCUACGAGGGGAAGUGCCAAUACCUGCAGGGAUACAACCCCUUCGACCAUGGCUGUGCCAACAACUGGUAUUUAACAAUUUGUGCACCGCUGGGACCCAAGUACAUGGCCGAAGCUGUCUGGCUACAGAGAAUGGUGGGGUCUGACUGGGUGCCCAUGCAGAACCUUCACUUCCCAAUGUGCCCCUCAGUGCUCAGUCCCCCAGCCGUCCCAGGGCCUGGGCCUGGCCCCCAACCCCAACCUCUGAGUCUCUACAAACCAGGGAAUGGUCCCCCAGGGAGUGGUGAGGCUGCAGCCCUCCAGGAGCUCCACGCAGGCCCAGUGCUGCCCCUGCUGUGGGACUGCCCCAGACGAGGCGCUGUCUGCCGCUCGCCCCUUCACACCCAGCGAUGCCAGGAGCCCCUGCACCUGAACCUCAUCUCCUGAGCCCCGCGUGGAGGCCUGUCUGUGCUCUGCCCUUGCCCACUCCCCUGGUGGGAGUGUUGAGACCCCCACCAAAGCCCAUUAAAUACCCGUUGCCUGCCUCCUACAACGGCCCUCCUGCCCUGUCUGUCCUGCGGGCCAGGGAGCUUGGGGGUGAGGGGGCCCUGAGGCGCUGGGACAAAGACUAUGGGAGGGAGGAGCCAGGGUCCCAUACUGGCUGGUUCUGCGACCUUGGGCAAGACACUCAACACUUCUCUCAUCCUUAAAAUGGAGCAACAGUAAGGACCACACCGGUGAAAGAGAAAACCCCGCGGUCCCAGUGAUGUCAGCCCCGGCGAAGGCCCGGCCUCUGCCCUGCCGCACCCCUGUCUGACUGCAGGGGGCGCCCGCCACCUGGGAAUUCGCCAGGCCGGCCGGUCCAGCGUCGCUACACUGAAGCCUCCUCCCCCCGCCCCCUCCGCGGGGGUUGGGCGGCCCUCAGGCUGGGAGUGCGCCCUCCCGCUGCAUUAUCCCGGGGUGGGGGUGGGGGGUCUCCAUCACACUACAAUUCUGCAGUCUUUCUUGCCAGCGGGCGUUACCCUGGUCACUCUCUCCUGUUGGGGAAUCACAUGCUGGUUCUGGUCCUGUCGCUGGCAUGGGUCCCAGGCCCUGUGAGUC